UAGCUGUGUCCUGUGAGCUGCUGUGUAAACGCCUUGAUUGAUAAUAAAAGAAAAAUGAAGAAUAAUUAAUAGAAACGGAACGAAGGAUAAUAUGUCCACACGGUCGGGUCAGACAGAGCUUGUUUGGAAUGAGGCGCUAGUUAGUUAGAAGUGACAGCUGUAUUUUAUUUAUCAGUGUUGUUGUUUAUUGUGGUAUAAAUGAGCGCGCGGCUGAGGGCGGACAGAACCCUUCGCCAUGGCUCCGUAUGAGGAAUGGAAAAAAAACAUUCACUUCUAUUAUUGUGUCAAAUUCACACUUAAUGUGUACUCCAUGCUGUUCUCGUUAGUGGGUCUGUUUGUGCUGUGUGUGGGCCUGUACGCUGAGGUGGAGAGACAGAAGCACCGCACGCUAGAGGGAGUGUUCCUGGCUCCAGCCGUGGUUCUCAUCCUGUUGGGCCUGGUCAUGUUCUCCGUGUCUGUGGUGGGAAUGCUGGGUUCUCUGCGCGACAACAAAACCCUGCUGCACAUGUUCCUGAGCGUGCUGUCGGUCCUGCUGGCUCUCCAGGCGAUCGCCCUCAUUAUCGCUCUGCUGUUUGAGAAAACGACGUCCGAAUUGUUCCAGAAGAACAUCCGGCAAGGCAUCAAGCACUACUACGAUGACCUGGACUUUAAAAAUAUCCUGGACUACGUGCAGGACAAGUUCUCCUGCUGCGGAGGUGAUGAGUAUAAGGACUGGGAGGUGAAUCAGUACCACUUCUGUAACGGUACCGGGCCCCUGGCCUGCGGGGUUCCUUACACUUGUUGCGUCCGAACAAAAGAGCCUGGAGAAGUGGUUAACACAUUGUGCGGCUAUAAAGCUCUUACCAAACAGCGUGAAGAUUUGGCCGAUAUCAUACACGUGCGUGGAUGCAUUCAUGCUGUGAACCUGUGGAUGGGUGACAACAUCGGGGCCACGAUAGGAAUCUGCUGUGCCGUGGGUUUGCCCCAGUUUCUGGGCAUUGUGCUGAGCUGCGUCUUCUGGAACCUUCUGGUUGAGAUGAGCGAAUCCGGGGACAUGGUCGACUUCAAGGUACUCAAGAAGGCUGGCUACAACUACAGUGAGCUGGACCUGUCCGGUGCCGGCUGGUGCAUGUGCCUGCCCCGUGUUGGUGGGUACCUGCCCAUACCUCACGCCGAACCUGAACUGGUGCCGGAAGCAGAAGCCCUGAAUCUUGAUCUCGAUUCUGACCCUGUGACCUUUGAGCAGAUCCAAGCUGAGAUAUCCCUCAGCCAGUCGAAACAAGAGCAGCUCGGAAUGGACGAGGUAGACAAUUAAGUCUAGAGAUGCAUCUCCUUCACCUGGUCCUUUAAUUUAAUUGUGAUUUGGUAUUUAUUAUUUUUUUCAGGUUGUGUAUGAGGAGCAGUAGCUCUUUUAUUGCACUGUCUGGUCUUGCACUACACACCCGGUUCAAAAGAGCCUAAUUAAUUAGACACUGUGUAUUUCCUCAACUAAGCUCUCAUGUAACAUAAAGGAUGUGAUUUUUUUUUUAAAGAUUUUUUUUAAAUUCCAUUUUAAUUGUAAAUUUUAAAAUUUUUAUCUACACAAAAUAGAUUUUUUUUUUAAAUAGACUUGUUGGGUUUAGCGUCUUGUGUUCCUCAUGAGCUCGGAUUCGUAAAACAAGGUUAUUCCUAUAUGUGGUGACUUUUUGUGUAAUGCUUUGUAAAUGAUGUUGGAAAAAUUUGCGGUGGCGAGGUCAUUGAUUUGGCGCUAAGACUCAAAGUUGAUGUUCUCUUUGCUUAAAACAUUUACAUUCAUUGAUUUAGGGUGUUUUUUUAAUUUGGAUUUUAAUUCAAUUUAUUCAUUUUGAUUAGAGACCUUUUCUAAUUAAAACUUAUACCAGACAAUCGGUUCAAAACCAAGCUUAUUUGAAAUAGCAAAAUCCGGUUCUUCCUACAAAAUAAGUCACGUGAUAAAUCAUUUUGAACAUAAAACUCAGCACAAAGGGGUCUGCAGCAAACGCUGUCUUCAGGGGAAGGCAGGACAAAAUAACAGCUUUUUCUCAGGGUGUCGUUCUUGACAGUCCACUACCACCUUUUGUUAAUAAUAAGGGUUUGAGUUUGAAACGUUGGUCUAGAUCCAAAGUAGCAAACGUCACUAUUUUGUGUUUUUUUUUUUUUUUUUUUUUUUGGAAAAUGAAAAUCUAAUUGCUUAUGUUGUAAAGAACGUUUUUCAUGGUCACUACUUGAACAUAAACAUUCCUGAUUGUUUGACUAUCAAAUCGGUGCUAAUUUCGGGAUCAGUAUCUGUCAUCAAAUGCUGGGAAUACCGUUUGCGAUGCAUAUUAUGUAUUAUACAACAGUUAGUGCAACCGAGUAGUCUGAUUAAA